CCCAAAAACCACCGCCUUCUCUUAUAUUUCCAAUCACGCAUGCCCGUUACCACUUAUACUGCCGCUUCUGGAUCACGCGCAUCGACACGUCUCCCCGUGAUCAUUCGCCUUAAUUUCUUCCAUUGACGUCGUGCUAUUGCGACGAUCCAUGCAUUCUCGUCGGCCCUUGUAACAUUGUGCUGAGGAGGACCUGUCAUCCGCACGACACUUUGAGCUGAACCCUGCACGAAGCUCGGCAGUUUCAGAGUCCCUCUGCGCUUCAAUUCGGCUUGCGUCGAGGUCCAUGGCCUCCGCAUUGCAACCUGUCGCUAUCUCGUCUCAUCCGUCCUCUUAUCCUCAUAACGUUGUCAACGCUGCAGUUGCCGGGCUGCACCUGCCUCAAUCGGUCGUCGCCCGGUCCUUUGAAGGGCAGCCAACUCCUUCCCCCAAUCUCCCGGUGAACUCUGCCUCAUCGCGGCCCGCACCGCAGCACAUGUCGUUCAAUAUGAAUGGCCAGACCCUGCAAAAUGGGAUCAUGGUCCCACAACAGGUCUAUCGCAAUUACGGUGAAAUGGACGGUCAUGCGCUUCCACCGCCGCAAAUGCAGCCAGCCACCAGACCUCAAAUCUACUCGGCUGUUUACUCAGGAGUCUCUGUUUACGAAAUGGAAGUCAACAAGGUUGCUGUCAUGCGCCGUCGUUCUGAUUCCUGGUUGAAUGCGACUCAGAUUCUAAAAGUUGCGGGAAUAGACAAAGGGAAACGAACAAAGGUUCUAGAAAAGGAAAUCUUAACCGGCGAGCACGAGAAAGUUCAGGGUGGCUAUGGUAGGUAUCAAGGAACUUGGAUCCGAUAUGAAAGGGGAGUGGAGUUUUGCCGUCAGUACGGUGUGGAGGAACUCCUGCGUCCCUUGCUAGAAUACGACAUGGGUCAGGACGGCAGAAGCAUGCCUGGUCAGGGUGCCAUGGAUACUCCAACAAAGGAGCAAGCAAUGGCAGCACAAAGAAAGCGACUAUACAAUGCUGGCGCAGAAAACCGCGUCCCUGGCCAGUCUGCCGGCGGCACGUUCUUCAAAAAUAUUUCAAGCACUGCUUCCAAUGCAGUGGCAGCUAUAGGCAAGGCGAGGUUCGAUUCACCUGCUCCCAGAGGAAAUGGUUCACGGCCUCCGAAUGCUGCCCGCAGAUCAUCGUAUCAACCAUCGGCUAGUCAAGAGUCGGCUUUUCCGAGUGCCAGCCAGCAGAGUAUGCGGAGCCUAGCAUCGGAAAAUUCAUUUGGUGGUACUCCGCACAUGGAUACUGCAUAUGCAUCACAGAAUGAUACCUAUAUGACCAGUAUACCGGACUUGCCAAGAGAAGCUGAACUCAUGGAACCACCGCGAAAGAGGAUGCGCCCCAUGUCAAGCCAGGAAACAGUCAUGUCCGCCCCUGAAAGCAUGUACGGCAGAUCAAUACGAGAAGAAACUCCCACGGAACCGAACGAAUCAUUCGUCUAUCAUCAGCAUGGUCAUUAUUUACCCACCUUGGAAGAAGUAGAAGAGGGCGCUGUAGGCUUACAGCCAUUGCCACAACCUUCGACAAGGGAAGAAGAAGAAAAGGUUCAGCUACUUACGUCCCUUUUCUUGGAUCCUUCACAAACAGACUUUUCAACCCACCCUGCAUUUCUACAUCUUUCUGGUGAAGAUUUGGAUCUACCACUCGACUCUACUGCACAUACAGCACUCCACUGGGCUGCGACGCUAGCUCGACUGCCUUUAUUAAAGGCUUUGAUAUCGAAAGGUGCUAGCAUAUAUCGGACUAAUGGUGGUGGGGAGACCGCUUUGAUCAGAGCCUGUGUUGUCACCAACAAUCUGGACCAGGGGAGCUUUCCUGAACUGCUUGAACUAUUGGGUCCAACCAUUGAAAUGCGAGAUGGUCGUGGCCGAACUGUGCUACAUCACAUCGCUGUAUCUUCUGCCGUCAAAGGCCGAAGUGCGGCUAGCAAAUAUUAUCUCGAAUCCUUGUUAGAAUUCGUGGUACGCCAUGGUGGCAGUCAUCAGCCAACUUCCUUUCACGGCGAAGGUUUUCAGGGCCUACCUGAUACUGGCAAGACAAUUGGGUUGGCUCGGUUCAUGUCCGAAAUUGUAAAUGCACAGGACAAGUCCGGUGAUACUGCGCUGAAUCUAGCAGCCAGGGUUGGCAGCAGAAACAUAAUACAUCAGCUACUCGAGGUAAACGCAGAUGCGGGCAUACCGAACCGCGGUGGUCUUCGGCCAAUCGACUUUGGAAUCGGCAGCGAGGCUCAAAUUGGAGCAUCGCAGGUUUCCGUUCAGGAACCUGCUGCAUCUCAAGACAGGACAACCGUCAGCAAAGUAGUCGGGGAGACGAGUCGAGACAUCAUGUCAUCCAUUUCCUCGUUGCUUGCGCAAACGGAAGAGCAAUUCUCCAGCGAAAUGCGAGCAAAGCAAGAUCAAAUCAACCAGGCGCACGCCAAACUUCGAGAGUGCUCUGCUAUCCUUGGCGAAGAACGCCGAAACUUCGAGCUUCUGCAGCAAAAGGCCGCUGAAAGAACAGAGAUGAAGCAAAAGAUUCAGAACCUACGGCGCGCUGCUGAGGAGCAGAAGCUGAAAAUGGCGCAAUCUGGCAUCGUCAAUGGCGACUCCUCGCCUCCUCUUCAUCUUGUCGUCGGCCAUGCUGAUGAAGGGAAUGUUGUCAAGCUUGAGGAGGUCCCGGCUGAUAUUCUCAACGUUUCCGAGAUAUCACAACUGGAUCACCAAAGCUUGGCAUACUUGUCAUCUUUACCGUCAGUGGACGUUCUGCAGGGUCGAUUAGCGGCAUAUGUGGCAAAUAACGCAAAUCUCAGAGAGUAUUCAAAGAAGCUAAAGAGCCAAAGUGGUGAGCUUGAGGAAAGAUACCGUCGAGUCGUCAGUCUCUGUACUGGUGUAGCCGAGAAUAGUGUGGAAUCCCUCCUAGGAGGCUUGGUGGCCGCAGUGGAAAGCGAAGGCGGAGAUAUCGUCGAGGUCGGGCGUGUGCGAGACUUUUUACGAAAAGUGGAAGGUGUUGAAGGAUAAGCACCCAGCAAAGUAAACCUGAAGUGACGGGUAAAUACGAAGUAUUGCGCGCGGGGGAUCUAUGAUACUCCUUUUUUUUUUUUUUUU